AUAUAUUUGCUACGCUUCUGUAAUAGAAAAUUGAUGUGUAAUGAUCUUAUUUCAAAUAUUGUACUACUUUGGUAUCGUAAAGUUAACAUGGAGCAUAUCACCUCAAUUUAAUGAUGACCUACAUUAUACAAUUACUUGGAAUGCUCCACUUGCAGAUCAGGCAGAAGGAAAUCUGGCUGAGGAGAUUGUAAUUACAACAAAUGAAAAUGAAAAGUAUCAAUGUGUACUUCCAGUUGUAACAGAGGAUGAAAAGCAACAUGGUGACAUAUCACAUGGUCCAAGUCCUGAAGUCUUAUUGGCUGAUGUUUUAAUGGGAGAUGCAAAGAGAUGUACCUAUAGGUUGGAACCUUACUGGACAUAUGAACUUUGCCAUGGUCAACGCAUCACUCAAUUUCAUGAAGAAAAAGAUAGUAAUGGGCUCCUGCAGAGAAAUGAAUUCAAUCUGGGUACAAUGACCAUUGCUGAAGUGAAAGAGCUAUUAUAUCCUGUUGUUCCACUUCGUACUCCUGAAGAGGAGAGAAAGGUCCCUCUUCGAAAGAUUGACAAUAAAGACACGCCUUAUUACAGCAUUGAAAUGGGGAAUGGAACACCAUGUGAUUUAAAUAGAAAGCCUCGAAAAACUACUGUUCUGUAUAUAUGUCAUCCAACUUCAAAUAACGAGAUCAUGAGCAUUAAGGAAGUGACAACUUGUGAAUAUGAAGCUAUAGUCUUAACACCUGUACUAUGCGGUAAUCCUGCCUAUAUUGUGAAAACCAAGCCAAUUCACGAUAUCAAAUGUCAUCCUUUAUCUGGUUCUCCCAUUCAACCUGCUAAAGUUGUUGCACAAAACCAAGAGUCAAAACUGCCUAUAUUUAUCCCACCCCAGCAACCAAAACAGCAACAAAUCCUUCGCGCUACCCAAGCAGCUGUUGACGAGACGUUAAACAUACAAUUUCUAAAGGGUGAUUACUGUUUGGUCGGUGGAAGCGGAUGGUGGAAAUACGAAUUUUGCAAUGGAAAGCACAUCAGUCAAUUUCAUGUGGAGCAGAAUCUAAAGAAAAUUGUCAUCACAGUUGGAAGAUGGAAUAAAAAGGAACAUGUUGACCACAUAAUGUCAAAGAAGUUAAAAGCCAAGGCGAACACAGCUUCAAGCACCAAACCUCUUCGAAUGUUUGGCACGAUAACAACGAAUUAGCAGGUUGUCAUCAAAUAUUUUGGUAGCGAGCGGAAAUUCUUAGAGCCCCCAGGGCUUCUUGUUGUAAUUUAUUUUGACCAAUAAUAAAAUUUUGACCAAUAAUAAAAUUUACAAUUAAACAACCCCCUGGUUUCUAAAAAUUUCUAAAGGUCAAAAAAAUGUCGCUAACCCUUUUGAACACACAAAAUACGGCUAUUAUUGUAGAGACUAGCCGGGAAACCCGGCGUCGAAUCGCCGGGAUGAGCCACAAGUAACUGUUGUUGAACGCCCUAAGGAGCGCUUAAAAAGAACUGCAAACUGUGCGACACAGUCAGGUGGAGCGCUUAAGUACAGGUAUGCAGUAUGUCGUAAAUCAAGUGAAGCGCACACACCAUUAUAGUGUUGCGACUGCAACAUAUUUUUCAAAAAAAAACUUUCUAAAUAAAUAAUAAAUCUAAAUAAAUAAUAAAUAACAAAGGCUGAAAUAAAAACACAGUUUACAACCGUUGUGACUCCGUCAUAGCAAAAACAAUCGGCCAAUAUUAUUUCAUUUUGCGGAAUAAGUUUUUGUAAAAGUUAAAAAAUUAAUCGUGACACCGGACUGGGCGCUUAGUACAGUUAAACGGUGUUACACAG